UGUCAGUGAAGCGCUGUGUCUCACAGACAGGGAGACAGAAGAAGAUCACGUGAUCCGGGCAGACUCGUUGGCUUGACAACAGUAAUCUUUAUCCGGAGCUGCAGAUCUGCACUCAGAAGACACAAUAUGCCGGAACUGAAGACAGUAUUCAGAGAAGUUCUGCCCAAACAAGGGCAGCUUUCCAUGGAAGAUGUCCCCACCAUGGUCCUGUGUAAGCCAAAGCUGCUCCCACUCAAGUCGGUCACCCUUGAGAAACUGGAGAAGAUGCAGAUGGAGGCCCAAGAGGCCGUCAAACAGCAAGAACUGGCACUAAAGGAUGAAGCGCAGUAGAUACCCAUCCAGAGGAUUCGGAACAACAGAGACAGAAUUUUCCUACUGAUGGAUGGAAUGAGCGCCACGCUGUCAAACCCCAAGUGAAAAAUGACUUCUAAGGACAUGAAUUUGGACUGGAAUGUGAUGUCUUAGCAUGUCAUUAUUUAACCUGUGAGCUUCCUAACUCUGUGACAUGGUUGGAUCUGAUGUAGCGUCAGUCUACACGUUGUGUGUUAGCAGCUUCCCUGAGUGAAGGUGAGGUGGAGAAACACAUGCGGGUAGAGCUAAGCUGCAGGUGUAGAUAGCAAACAUUGAUCAAUGGAAAUAUUGGGGUCUCUGGUUUCUCUUUGCUGACCUGAAAUCUCCAAAUGUUAAAAUAAACAAGGACUGGCAUGUCACAUUUGAAUUUCAUUGUAGUGUUUUAAAGCAGAAACAACACAGCCGGGAAAAGUGGUUUUGCAAUGAACAACAUGCUCCCUUUUUAUUUUUUUAUACUCUUUUAUAAAGCUCUUGACACAAACCAGUCAUUUCUGUACAAACACUGCUUUCUAGAAAACACAAAAGGAGUGGCAGUGAAAUCAAGAAAAUACUGUACAAAACAACGUGGAAUGACUGACACUGAGAGGUGUGGCACUUCACGGGCUAGCUUAUGUAAAUGUUUAUAUUUGAACAGCUUGGUGAAAAGUGAAUUACUUCAGUUUCAAUCAAAAGUGCUGUAUUUUUUUCUUUAUACCUCACCCCAGUUUCAGAAAUGUACAUUCUUCUGACCGUUACAAAGGAGGAAACUUGUACCCGGCUAUUUUUUU